AUGUCCGCAGUGCGAACACUGCCAAAGAAGGAGCGCACAUACGGCCGACGUGGUCGUCUGGAACAACACACCAGACCUGGCGAAGACCACUCUACCGCUGAACCAUCUAUCCCAAGUCAAAGCCCACCCUCUGCACGCCUGGCCGAAGAUGUCCCGUCGCCUUUCGCACCACAUGCGACCUACACGGCCGAGUACUUCUCAGCCCUAAUCCCAGACUUCGAAAACUACACCUACCCAGUGAACCCCAUUAUCACAUCGGAGCAGAUUCGCAGCUGUAUUGACCUUAUGUCAAUCGACGCUACACGGGCGGCCCUUGUCUACAGCUUUGCAGCUGUCACCAUCAACUUGACCAUGACCCAGCAACAACACACUCAUAAACUGAGUAUCAAUUUCAUCAACAGCACCGGAUUCGGGAUGCCCAUCACGACUUCGGAACGCAUACAUGACCUUAUGAAUCACUCUCUCCGCGCCAAAGGACGGGCAACGCCGACUGAUGCUUUGUCGGACAAUUGUCUUUCGGAUGACCUGAUCGAGAUCCAGAUCGCGACCUGCAUCUUCCUCGAGAUUUGCUGGAUGGCUUUCAAAAAGCCCAAACACGCGUUCCUGGUGCUUCGGGAAGCAAUUGCAUUGAUCCAGCUGCUACAUAUAGACAGAGGCCCGGGGGCAUUAACCGCACCCGAAUACGCUCGACGCCAAAGGAUUUACUGGGAAGCAUACAUCCACGAGAGGUUUCUGACCAUAACGAAUUGCUUUCCGUCGGUCAUGCCUCCCCUCGGAAAUGGGCAAAGGACGGAGGAUCACACAAUACCCAUCAAUAUCGAUUCAGGCUUCAGAAGGAUAAUCAAGCUCUUCCUCAUCCUCGAUGACGACCUGCUCGCCAACUGGAUGGCCCAGAACGACAACGCAGCCGACCCGCUGAGCUGCAACCGUCUCGAAAAGGACAGCAUCACCGUCGAGUGGAUCGAGCAGAAACAGCAGCAGGUAGACGACGAGGAGGCCGAGGUCGAGGCGGAGCAGCAGCGCCUCGAGGGGACCCCGGCAGCGCUGACGGAGCUGCAGCUGGCCGACCUCUUCAUCACCCGCGCGUGGCUGCGCACGAUCGUCUGGCAGCUCGCCAUGUCGGACUUCCUCCUGUCCAGCGGGCCGGUGGGCUCGGAGAGGCACGAGGCGCUCUCGCUCUUCUUCCCCGCCCACCGCCUGUCCGCGCAGCUGCGCAAGCUCGCGCAGUUCCAGGUGGAGACGAGCAUCGGGAAGCACGGGAGCGGCAUCUUGCAGAAGAUGUUCGAAAUUGCCAAUACCAUUGCCGAUGUCAUGAAUCUGUUUCCUGUGGCUUCGACGGGGACCGGAGGCGCCGAGGAGUCGGGAGAGUUCAGAAACGACGAAGCAGAAAGCUCGGGGUUUGACCAGAGCCAGGCCCGUCAAUGCAUGGCGGACUUGCUGCUCUUGAUCAAGGUCCUACUUUCCUUCGAGAGGAUAGACAAGACGCAACGGGAUAUUAUUCUCUCGAAAGUGGAAACACUCAAGACCAUCUUCCCUGGAAUGGAUUUUGAUAGUUUACUGCCUGUUUGA